AUGGCCAAAGCGCGCAUGGCCAUCGCCCUGCCGCGGCCUAGCCGCGUCUGCAAGCGGCGCCUGGGCGGGUGCAGAGCUCGGCCCCACGCAGUCUCUGCCUCCUGCUUCCUUGAUGAAUGCGCGCAGCUUCAGGCGUGGAGGCGGCACCUGGACCUCCAGUGCUUUAAUCCUCAGCCAGCAAUCUUUGAGACCGAGGAAAACCACUCAAAAUGCCAGAGAACAUAG